GGGCGGGCUGCGGCCGGCUGGGAGGGCGGGGCCGGGCGGCGGCGUCCGAGUCGUCAGGACAACCGGCCGCCCGCGGGUCUCCCGCGCCCAGUCAAGCGCAGUGAGGCCGGCGUUGGGGGCCGGGCUGGGCCGGGCGGCGCUCAGGGCCAGGUCGCCGCAACCGGCCGGGCCCUGCGGGCGGCCCGAGGGGGUCCCGAGCCCCGUGGGGGGCGCGGAGGUGCUCGGGAGGGUCGGGAGCCGGCCCCGGCGUUAGGCCCCCACGGCGGCUCAGCGCCCCCCACGCCCCCCACCCGCCGGCCGGCUGCACGCGCCGGGGAGCCCCGCUCCGGCUCAGCGAAGGCAGGCCCUUCCAUUGUCCACUGGCUGUGUGGCGCCCCAACCCCUCCGGCCGCGGCCGGGUCGCAAGGAACCUGCCAUUUCCCGGGCGCCCCGGGGACACGCGAGCGAGAUCGAGGACCGGAUAACCCUCCCCAGCCCUGCUGCGGGCGGGCCAGGGCCGGGCGCGCGCGCGCUCUCGUCACCCGGGGAGUCGCCGAGCCCGCGGGGGUCAAGUGCCCCCCAUGCGGCGAAGGCGAAACUGGGCCGCUGCGGCGCGCCCGCUGGUGUCCCCUCGGCGCCCGCGUCUCCUCCGCCCGGCCUGCCGGGCUUCCUGCUCGCGCCACCGGGACUUCCUCCCCGCGGUGCCCGGGUGGCCACUCGGCGCCAGACCCAGAGGCGGGGAAGCCGGGGCGAUGGCGAGGGAGGGAGGGCCGCGGCCGGGAAGAGGGGAGAGUAAGGAAGACACCCUGGGGCCGGGAGCGCCCGGCGACCCGAGUGGGCCCCCCGGCAGCGGAGGCGGGGUCCCAGGGGCCGGGCCGUCCUCCCUGCGCCCGCUCUCGGGUCCUUUCCGCGGGCGCUCGCCGCCAGCGUCGCCGGGGGUGGAGCGCAGCCCUGCCCCGUCCUGCCCCGUCCUGCCCCGUCGCGGUGGGGCUCCGCACUGCGUCUCCACGCCGGGCGUGGAGGCCGCACGGCCCGGCGCGCGUCUGCGGGCGCCGGUGGCCCGCGCGCCCCUCCCCGCGCCCCCGGCCCGCUCGCGGAGGCCGCCCCGAGCGGAGCUUUGUGACGUCAGGCGGCCGGCGGGCGGCGUCACGCGCGGGGCUGACCCGGCGCGGGGCGGGGGCCGGGCCGGGACGCGGAGCAUGGAGCCGCGGGUCGGCUGCCGGCUGCCCGUGCGGGUGGAGCAGGUCGUCAACGGCGCGCUGCUGGUCACCGUGAGCUGCGGCGAGCGCAGCUUCGCCGGGAUCCUGCUGGACUGCACGAAAAAGUCCGGCCUCUUCGGCCUGCCCCCGACGGCUCCGCUGCCCCAGGCCCAGGAGCCCCCCGUCAACGGCUGCCAGGGCCCGACCCCCACGGAGGGGGCUGCAGAGGCGAUGCAGCCGGGGACAGGCCCUCCGCCACCUCCCACUGGAGACCAGCCCACCGGGACCGCCAGCCCUGAGCUGCCCCCGCCCCUCGUGCCCCCGCUGCCCGCUGGAAGCCUGCCCCCGUUCCCGCCCUAUUUCGAAGGCGCCCCCUUCCCUCCUCCGCUCUGGCUGAGAAACACGUACCGGCAGUGGGUGCCGCAGCCGCCCCCCCGGGGCAUCAAGAGGACCAGGAGGCGCCUGUCCCGCCACCGAGACCCAGGCUGCCUGGCCCUGAGCCCCAUCCUCCUGCGGCCGCGCCAGGUGCUCUGCAAGAAGUGCCAGAGCGCUCUGAGCCCCCCGGAGGCCAGCCCCGGCCCCCCCGCCGCCCCCCGGCCGCGCAGGGAGCUCCGCAAGCCCGAGGACCCCGACGGCGGGGGCGACACGGCGGCCGCCGGGAAGAGGAGCAAGAGGGAGCGGCCGGAGGAGGCGGGGGCCCGGGUGCCCCGGAGCCCCGUCAUCAAGAUCUCCUACAGCACGCCCCAGGGCACCGGCGAGGUGGUGCAGAUCCCCUCUCGCGUGCACGGCUCCCUGGAGCCCUUCUGCCCCCCGCAGGCCCUGCCUGGCAGCCAGGACCCCGAGGCGCCCCGGGACAGGCCCCCCGCCGCCAUCCCCAAGCUGAAGCUGACGCGGCCCCUGCCCCCUGGCGCCUCCCCGCCGCCCCCCAAGAUCCGCCUGAAGCCGCGGCGCGGGGGCGCGGGCCAGCAGGAGCCGGUCUACAGGGCGGAGCUGGUGGAAGAGCUCAACGGCCGUGGGUGCGGCGCCCUGGCCGACGGCCCUGCCGGCCCGGGGCUGGCAGACCUGUCUUCUGGAAGCUCGGGCGAGGACGAUGACUGCAAGGGGUGCCCCCAGGGUAAACGCAGGCGCCAGGGCCUGGCUUUUCUCGCCACCUGCCCCAGCGGAGCGGGGUGUGCCAGCGAGUCCUUGUGGAGCAGCGACAGCCUGGACGAGUCCAAAUCGUCCAGCUCGGAGGUGACGUCACCAGACACGUGCGACCUCUCGUCCGGCGAUGGCGCCUCUGCGCCGUCCUCGUCCAAGGACGCGCGGCCCACCGUCCCGCCGCUGACCGUCAGGCUGCACACGCAGAGCGUCUCCAAGUGCGUUACCGAGGACGGCAGGACCGUGGCCGUGGGGGACAUCGUGUGGGGUAAGGUUCAUGGUUUUCCUUGGUGGCCAGCCCGUGUCCUGGACAUCAGUCUUAGCCAGAAGGAGGAUGGGGAGCCCUCCUGGCGAGAAGCCAAAGUCUCGUGGUUCGGGUCUCCGACGACGUCGUUCUUGUCUCUCUCCAAACUUUCCCCUUUCUCCGAAAGUUUCAAACUGAGAUUUAACCGUAAGAAGAAGGGGAUGUAUCGGAAAGCCAUCACAGAGGCGGCCAGUGCCGCGCAGCACGUGGCCCCGGAGAUAAGGGAGCUCCUAACCCAGUUUGAAACGUAACCCGGGCUCCGGACCAGGUCACCGACGAUGAGGGCGCGACUUUUCUCCUGCAGCUCCCGACCUUGGGGUGUCCUCUGCACCCUGGUUCCAUCCGAGGACCCUGCGAGUGCUCUGGCUGGCUGCGGGCGGAGACGCCGGCCCGCGGGGUUGGCCUGGUUCGAGGCCUCCUGGUGGGGAGCAGGUGCAUCUGGCCUGAGGACACACCCCCAGGAGCACGGCGGCCCCUCUGGCUGAGGGUUUACUCCUGCUGCUCAGACUCGAGCUUUUCUGGUUUGGGAAGGACCCGGAGCUAGGCAGCGAGAGGCCCCGGGGUCGGGCGCCAGCGGGGAGCAGGCCACCAUCCACCUCCCUGCCGGCUUCAGGACCACCAGCUGCACGUGGGGGUCCUCCCCCGGCCCUCGGGCACGGGCUCUCUGUGCACUUGAGAACCAGGGACCCGCCUCCCCCCCCUCCUCGUUCACCCCCAGUGUGGGUCCUGCUGGCACCUGCACCUGCCCCCAGGGCCACCCUGUCCCCUAGGCGCUGCCUGUGUGGAGCCCCUGUCCUGUGCGGAGGCGAAGGGGCCACGCUCGAAGUCAGAUGGCAACGUUAAAAGGAUGGAAACCUCACCUGUUGUCUGUCAGAGUGUGUUCCGUGCCCCUUCUUGUCCCUUUAGAGACCAAAACGGAAAAAAAAAAAAAAAAAAGGAAGCAAGUCCGGCUUUUUGUUUAAA